AUGGUGAAACAGCAUGAAGUUCUGGGCCGUAACUUAGUGCCAUCUGCAUCUGGUGGAGCGAGGCUCAAUUACACGGUGCUGAUCGGAGAUACGCCCUGCUCUCUAACCGUGUCUGAUACUCAGUUACUCUGCGAGCCCCCGAACCUCACUGGGCAACACAAAGUCCUGGUCCAAGUAGGGGGACUUCACAUCUCUCCAGGAGAAGUUCACAUCCGAUCAGACAGUUUGCUCACCCUCCCUGCUAUCGUCAGUAUCACUGCUGGAGGAGGGCUGCUGCUCAUCAUUGUCAUCAUCGUCCUGCUGGCUUACAGACGCAAGUCACAUGAGAACGACCUCACUCUGAAGCGCCUGCAGAUGCAGAUGGACAAUUUGGAGUCCAGAGUUGCUCUUGAGUGUAAAGAGGCUUUUGCAGAACUACAGACGGACAUCAAUGAGUUAACCAGUGAUCUGGACAGAGCUGGCAUUCCCUUCUUGGACUAUCGCACUUACUCCAUGAGGGUUCUCUUUCCCGGCAUCGAUGAUCACCCUGUGCUGAGAGAGCUGGAGGUGCCGGGGAGUGGACAGGCGAAAGUGGAGAAAGCCUUGAAGCAGUUUGCUCAGCUGGUGAAUAAUAAGGUUUUCCUGUUGACAUUCAUUCGUACGCUGGAGAUGCAGCGAUCUUUCUCCAUGCGUGACCGCGGCUACGUUGCUUCGCUUAUCAUGACGGCUCUGCAAGGACGGCUGGAGUAUGCCACGGACAUCCUCAAACACCUGCUCUCAGACCUCAUAGAACGCAACCUGGAGAGCAAGAACCACCCCAAACUGCUCCUACGGAGAACAGAGUCGGUGGCAGAGAAGAUGCUGACAAACUGGUUUGCCUUCUUGCUCCACAAAUUUCUCAAGGAGUGUGCUGGCGAGCCUCUCUUCAUGCUGUUCUGUGCCAUCAAACAGCAAAUGGAAAAGGGACCCAUAGACUCCAUCACAGGAGAGGCCCGCUAUUCCCUCAGUGAAGACAAACUCAUCCGGCAGCAGAUUGAGUACAAGACACUGACGCUGAGCUGCGUGAACUCCGACAAUGAGAACAGCCCAGAAAUCCCUGUCAAGGUGCUCAACUGUGACACCAUUACCCAGGUAAAGGAGAAGAUCCUGGAUGCUGUGUACAAGAACAUGCCAUACUCACAGCGACCACGAGCCACAGACAUGGACCUGGAGUGGCGGCAAGGCAGAACAGCUCGAGUGGUCCUGCAGGAUGAGGACAUCACAACAAAAAUCGAAGGCGACUGGAAGAGACUCAACACACUCAUGCACUACCAGGUGUCUGACCGCUGUGUGGUGGCCCUGGUACCCAAACAAAUGUCCUCCUUCAUCAUUCCUUCAUCCGCCAGCUUCCCACGCAGUAUCAGCCGAUAUGGUGUGGAUGUACCAUUCCGCUCCACACCCACCAGCCCUGACAGUCCCCACUCCCGUGUGCCCAUGCUCACCCCUGACCUGGAGAGCGGUGUCAAAGUUUGGCAUUUAGUAAAGAACCACGACCAUGGGGACCAGAAGGAGGGUGAGCGUGGCAGCAAGAUGGUCUCCGAGAUCUACCUGACGAGGCUGCUGGCAACAAAGGGCACUCUGCAGAAGUUUGUGGACGACCUGUUUGAGACCCUGUUCAGCACUGUGUGCCGAGGUACCGCCUUGCCUCUCGCCAUCAAAUACAUGUUUGACUUCCUCGAUGAGCAGGCGGACAGGCACGACAUCCAUGACAUGGAUGUUCGCCACACGUGGAAAAGCAACUGCCUCCCACUGCGCUUCUGGGUAAAUGUAAUCAAAAAUCCUCAGUUUGUGUUCGACAUCCAUAAAAGCAGCAUCACGGAUGCCUGUCUGUCCGUGGUGGCACAGACAUUUAUGGACUCCUGCUCAACAUCUGAACAUCGUUUGGGCAAAGACUCCCCAUCCACCAAACUACUCUAUGCCAAGGACAUACCACAUUACAAAAGCUGGGUAGAAAGGUACUACGCUGACAUCAACCGCCUACCUGCCAUCAGUGAUCAGGAUAUGAAUGCCUAUCUGGCUGAACAGGCUCGCCUCCACUCCAGCGAGUUCAAUGUGCUCAGUGCCCUCCAUGAGAUCUACGCUUACGUCAACAAGUACAGCCAAGAGAUCAUUGAGGCAUUGGAGCAAGAUGAACAAGCCCAAAGGCAGAAGUUGGCGUAUAAAGUGGAGCAGCUCACCUUAGCCAUGUCUGCAGAGAGCUGAGAUAAACACACACAAUAAACCAAAUCUACACAAAUAAACACAUCUGGUGUGCACACACUGUACACACGCACACCCCAAACCAAACUGCAACAGAGGAGUCCUCAACAUUCAACACGUGGUACGCAGAUGAGGACAUUAUCCCUCACAUACAUGAGCAUGUACAUGGACAUACACAAUCAAACAUAAUCACAAGUACUGAUACGGUUUACACAGACACUUCAGAUUUAAUGGACCUACUGCAUAAACUAACUUACAGCACACACAUACAUAAAUACAAAUGUAGAAACACAAAUCACUGAACACAUCAAACAGAGCAUCCCAAAGUAACUUUGAAUUCAAUGAAACAAUUUAUUUAAAAUCCAACAGGCAAAUAUUCAACUUCUAAAAACACUCCAAAAAAAAAAAAAAAAAAGAGAGAGA